CCAGAUCACCCCGGAAUUUGGCAGGGAGAUGGCACACAGCCUCCUGGGGGUGCUGGUGGCCUUCCUGCACAGUUUCCAGCGGAAGGUGGAGCGGUUCCUGGAGGCCCCCGGUGAGGCCACCCCACCUGAUGGUGCCACCAGCCGGGCCAUCGCCCUGGUCAACUGCUGUCCCCCCUUCAGGACCUUCACCGAGCGCCUGGCACAGUUUGGGCACCCGGAGAGCGAGGAGCCCCGGCGCCAGGCCCACGCCGCCCUGGACAAGGUGACCCGGCUCUGCAACCAUGUCCUCACCCAGCGCCUCUUCGAGGACCUCAAGGUGCCCACGCGGCGCGGGACGGCCUGGGGAGGGGACCAGGGUGUGGGCAAGGUGCCCACCAGUUGGGUGCUGAUCUGGGUGACGCCCAUGGGUGCAAUGGUCAUGGUGCCCCUUGGUGUCUACACAGAAUCCACAGUAUCCACAGCAUCCAGCUGA